AUGGUCUGGGUAUUCUGGAACACGUCCCUACUCGUAUGCUCCACCGAAAUCUUGCUGCUCACCACCGGCGCACAGCCGCGGUUCCUUGCCUCGAUUAUGCUGUGCACCGGUCUGGUAGGAGUUCUUAUCCUCCAGACCCCCGACGCCGACCACCAGACCAAAAUCCUUUAUUAUCUCUUAUACAUUCUCCUGAACUGCAUUACCCUUCUCCUUUCCCCUCUACAAAUUGUGCUCUUCAUUUUCCUCGGUCCCAAGCGACCACUCAACCACGGCAUUAAAAUCCACUACGAGCUCAAGGGCGAGGACACGGACAAGACAACGGUCGAUAUCGUUGCGGUUCAUGGGUUAGGCUCGAACCCAGACUGGGCGUGGACGUGGGAAGACCCGUAUACCCAGGAGAAAUGCAUGUGGCUGAAGGACUUGCUCCCAAAAGCAUUUCCACGAGCACGGAUAAUGGCAUAUAACCAUAACUCGGCAUGGUUCCGGGAAGCACCAGUCAAGUCAGUGAGGGUGUGCGAAUCGUUCAAGGCAAUGGUUCUCGCCGGGGGCGACAGGCAAUCCAAGACACAUAAAGCCAUUGCAACAAGCGUGAAUGGUGUCAUGUUCCUCGGUGUCCCACACGAUGGUUCACAACUGACUGCGUGGGGAAAGCUUCUCUCUUACUGUACGUACUGGCUCGGGUCCAGCACAGAGCUCCUUGAAGCACUGCAAACUGGCACUAGCUUUCUGAGGGACCUGAAUCGUGACUUUAUUAAUAACUACGGCAACAUGCGCACGGUUCUGGUAGACUUCAUUGAACUUCAUCGGACAAAGGCGUUUGGGUUGCCGUUGCUGGUGGGUGUCGAUGCUCACUCGAGCUCGAAUCCGGGGGUUGACAAGGAUACCGCUCGAAUCGGAUCAUAUUACAAAUUGUGGAGAAAAUUGAAAAAGAGCAGUCAACUGCGAUUAAUUACUUGUUCUUACCACCGUUGGAUCGGCUGCUCAGGAUAUCUGCAAUCCCUUCGCCUGGAAGACGCUGAUCUCCGUUUCAAAAACAUCGAACGUGCUCACAAGGCCACAUUCGAUUGGGUCAGUGAGAAUCCAGUUCUUAAAGCGUGGAUGACAGAAAAAUGCUCUCAAAUUGUCUGGGUAACUGGCAAGCCCGGCUCAGGCAAGUCGACGAUCGCCAAGCACGUUGUUGAGAAACUCAAGGCGCAGGAGAAGUCACAGAAGCCGAGCACUGCUACUCCUAUCGUUAGCAUAUUCUUCAGCGAUCGCGGUAAUAAGGUUUUAAACUCGGUAAAGGGGUUCUUUCAGAUGCUGCUAUACCAACUCCUAGAGCAGAGGCCGGCGCUGUUCUCGUUGUUUCCAGGGAAGGCAGAGGAUCUUAGGGGGGAAAGCUCAUCCUUGUCGGUCGAUACGCUGAGGGAUUUUCUUUUAUCUGUGAUGGAGAAGAAAGAGGUAAGGUCUACUCGAAUCAUUAUCGAUGCCUUCGACGAGAGUAGCGAGGGGUGCAAGUCCACCGUGCUCCCAUUCCUGCUUGGGGAGUUUGCCAAAUCACCCUCUGCUCCACAGAUUCUCCUAACCAGCCGCGAACAUGCCAAUCUGGAGAUAUUUCUCCGCGACUAUCCCACCAUCAAACUCAACGAACUGAACCGUAAGGAUAUCUAUGAGUACGUAAGCGACGAAAUCAGCAGGUAUCACAGCUACCAUCAGAGUCAUGAUAUCGUCAAAAGACUCGUUCAAGAGGUGGUUGACCGCUCUCACGGCGUCUUUCUCUGGGUUAGGCUGGUGGCUGCCGAGCUACGCAAGGGAAAAAUGAUCGUCGGAACGUUAGAUGACCUCGAAGCUGAAAUCGAUCUCCUCCCGGAUGGCCUCGCUAGCUACUAUGACCGUAUCCUCCGCAUGCUUGACACGAGCCCUGGAUCAGAGACACAUCGUAUGUUUGAGUGGGUGCUCUUCACGAAGCGCCCGCAGACCCUUUCAGAGUUUUGCUACGCAAUGGCAAUGGGGUCAACAUCAUCGCAACGCCCGAAUAACCUUGAUGCUCUUCGGUCCAAGAUGAUCCCAACAGAACUGAUGGAAGCCCGCAUCAGGCAAUACAGCGGCGGACUGCUAGAGGCGAAGCUUUCGGGUCCGUAUGCGGAUGCGGAUGUGGAUAUAUGUUCUAUCCGUGUGGGUUUAACUGCUACGGAUGCGGAUGCGGAUGCGGAUGAGCACUCAUCGUUGUCCGAGCUCAGCGACACAACCCCGCAACUGCUAGACUUUGGCUGGCCGGCGAAGGUAAACCUCGAGCUGUGGUGGACCGGGAUCGCAGCCUCCGCGAGGAAUGUGCCGCGACAACGCUGCCGGGUGCACAACUGGAAGAACGUCCACCGCCUGUAUCACCCACUGAUGACCGCGUCCAGGUUCGGGCUUCUGGGGGAUGUGAGGUAUUGGCUGCGAGCACUAGUGCGGAGCCCCUCAGGCCAGUACCCCAGGAGUGUUCCGGACGGAAGGAUCGUGGUGCUGAGGUCAUUGUCCGAUGCAGCGGAGGGUGGGCAUAUGGAUGUGCUUGAGCUGCUUCUUGAGUCGUAUCGCGGUGAUUACAACGGCGCGCCGGUGCCACCUAUCGAUCUCGGCUGCAGGAACGAGUUCAUAGAGGGAGCCCUCCUCGCCGUGCUGUUCCCAGGACCGUACCCAUACAGCAAAUCAGGACAAGCCAAGAUCACGGGCCGCCUCCUCGAGUGGCGACUAGAGGAGAACGGCCAUGACGAGCAGUACACGCUCCUGUUGGCCUGGCUUUUAUGGAUCGCCCAGCGGGAUAGGCGCGAGGAGAUCGCGGAGCUACUAGUACAGAGGCUCAAUGCCCCGACCUCCGCCAGCGACGGACGCACUGCUCUGGACCGUGCAAUGGCGACGUCUGCGUCUGAUGCGGCCCAAAUGCGUGUGUUGCUGCAUUGUGGGGCCAACGCGAACUUACAUGUUCAGCGACAUUAUCCAGACGUGAGGAUUGUCGAUGUCCUGCUGGAGUAUAAUGCCGAUAUCCAUGCUACAGAUGAAGCCGGCAAUAGUGCUCUACACCUCGCCAUCAUGCUCGGGAAAGGGGAUAUUGUGGCGCUACUCCUGACAUACGGCGCAGCUGUUCAUACCCCACAAGGAAAAUACGAAAACGCCUUUGACCUAGCGCGACACGUGAACCUGAUGAUUAUGGAGAUGCUCCUCGAGAAACACCCCGAGUAUAAACUUAGAUACAAGCUGCGGAAAACUCUCGCCAAAGACGACUGCAAAUGCGACCCGGCCGACGAGUGCACAUGUCAGGACCGUAUCGUUCCGAUCGAGGACCCGGAUGCCUGA